AUGACCCUUGCUCGUGUUACAGCCACUCAUGUUUAUGUUCCCCUUAUAAAGCUCAAUAAAUUCGUUCAAAAAGGCAUCAAGUUCCAUUUAUCAUUUUCUUUCAUCGUCCUUAUCAUCAUUAAUAUUGUCAUUAUUAUGCUAGCAUCUCACUUGCCAUUCGAAAUAGUAUUCAUUAUUGCCAGCUAUCUCUUGACAAAAGACAAACUGAAUUGCAUACUUGUAUGCAAAGCGUGGAGACAGCCACUUCAAGACUCCUUGUGGAAUUCACUAGAAAUAACCAGUCAAAGAAAACUUAAUUCAAUCUGUAAUACACUCAAGCGUAAACGGUCGGUAUAUAAGAUACAUGGCGUAUACGUCAAGCAACUACACAUGAGUGGAGAGUGCAGAACGACAGAUCAACAGCUUUUAAGAAUACAAAAAUCAUUUCAAAACCUACAACGCCUUUACAUCGGAAGAUUUUGCUUGGACGGAUUAAACAUUGGAAUGCAAGUGGGCUGGACUUUGUGGAAAUCCUUGACAGAGCUGACUAUUGAUAUGCACAAAACAAGCGUGAUAUGCGAAAAAGAGCGAGAAAAGCUCUUUUCUUGUUUACCGUAUCUAAAACGACUAUGUUUUACACAAAGAAAAAACGAUCCUCCGCUCCCAUUUAGUCUUGAUAAUUUUGAAGACCUUCAUGAUUCUUUACCCCGGCUUGAAAUGCUUUCUCUUAAUAUUGACUUAAAAUGCAUCACUGAAAACGAUCAGAUACGUCUUUGGCAAGUCGCUCCCACAAAACAUAUGACGAAGAUAAAUUUUUGUGCACGGAGCAUGGAUAGCAAAUGGCUGUGCUAUUUUUCUCUAAAAUACCCUGAUCUCAACACACUUGGAUUGGAAGCCAUCGAGAACGACAAAAUCCCAGACUUUCACAAAGAAGAGGACUUGAGUGUAUUCUCAAAUCUCCCAGCCAUAUUUAUACAUCUCAAAAAGGCUAGCAUAAGAGUACGAGGCUGUUUCGAACGAUCUCACACCGUCUUGUGGAACUUACUAUCUUUACAUACUGUUCCAGUCGAGCAUCUAACGUACAGAUUUGAUUCGCCUCCCUACUCACCACAGUUGUCUUCAAUAGUCACCCGUAAAUGUAUGAUUUCGUGCUCAAACACAAUAAAGACCCUAUCAAUCGAAUGCAGAGACGAUCCUUUCAAACCAGAGUUGAUUGCAUCCGUAUUUAAACUUUGUCCUAACUUGGUCGACCUAAAUAUCGACAUAUUUCUGGCAACCAUUAUGUUGGACACUAUCAUAGAUUUAUGUGUCUCUCUAAAGCGGUUUAGAGCAUCAAACGGAUCACUCGAACUAUCCAAAAACGAGCCCAGAGAUCCUAUAAUGCAUGGACUGAGAAUCAUAGAGCUCACAAAUACUACAGCAAUUGCCAGUGUAUUUCAUUAUCUAUCUUUUCAUUGUCGAAAACUUAAUUACGCACGCCUGAACACGGUGAAGGUUAUCAGUAGACUUUCAAAUGAAACAGGAAAUUGUUUGGUUGACAUGCAUUAUACUCAAUUUAAAGUAUUGCACAUAUUCUACGUUCAGUGUUUUACAUCCUAUGCCACCAUGUUUGACGCCAUUGGGAUGAACAUCAUGGUCCUUUCGAAACCUCGAGUAUCCACAGAUGGACACACCAACAGACGGGGUCCUUUUUUAUCUCAAGGCACACAAUCAGAUACACCUACCGUACAAAUGUGGACCCACACAUAUUAUGAGAGAUUGAAGAACCGUAGAUGGGUGCCUGCCACUAGAGCGCUGAUGAAGAAAGAAGUUAAAUUCGCACGCAAAUAUUAUCAAGAUUUUGAGCGUAACAAAAAUAUAAAGAACUCAUUAGAAGUCGAGCGCUCGUGGACCGGAGAAUUGGUUUGGAACAACUGGAAAGAAGAUCUUUGUCGAGGAUAUUUUGUCCUAAAUUGUGGACCUAUAGAUGAAUAUUGUAUUCACCAGGAAAAAGGAUGUGACCCAACAUUAUUUAAUAGAAUAUAUUCUACGCUCGAUUAG